AUGAAGCUCUUCGCGCCGCUCUUUGUCGUUGCUCUCGGGUCCGCCCAAGCCUCCAAGUCACCUGCGUGGAUGGGCGCGACGCAUCACAUGCACCAAGUGGCCGACGCGUGCAUGUCGGAGCACUUGAACGCGUGUGAGUUCCCCAUGACUGGCCGCCGUCUCGCCGAAACCACCGACUCCAUCACUGUGUCGGCCACGUCGUUGGCUCACUUGGCAAAGUUGAAUGUAUCGUUCAGCGUUUCCGUGGGCAACGCCACGGAUCGCGUGGCUGCGUACUGCACGACCCAAGUCGCGUCUGCGCCUGACAGCGAGUACAUUGAUUUCCAGCCUGCAGGCGGCAAGCCCUCGGCGACACUCACGUUUGGCCCGCUUCUCAACAUGCGUUGUGACUACCAGUUCCGGUACCUUAAGGACUUGGGCAACAUGACGUUCCAAACGCUGGCCGUGUCGCCCGUGGUCAAGAUGGCCCGCGGAAACACGGAGCCUCUUCAAGUGCACAUUGCGCUCACGAAGAAUGCGCAAGAGAUGAGCGUGAGCUGGACAAGUGACCGAGUGACAAAACCCACCGUCCGCUACUACGUCAAGAAAUCCUACGACAAAGACCACGACUUUACGGACGACAUCGCGUACCACACACUGCCACAACCUGGAGACUGCUAG